CACGGAAAACAGGCGUCGAAGAGAGGAUCGAGCGAGCGUUGGGAGGCAGCCGGCAGCGUUCUCUCGAAAGGUUUUAGUCGCGUACCGGCCAUCGCGCAUUACACGUCGCGAGCCGUUUGGAGUCGGACGGAGGUUCCUGCUGCUCUUGCGUGACGAGAACAGAGGAAAAGGAAAGAAAAGGGAGAGAUCAGGCGUUUCGUUCGUCUUCUCUUACAUUCAAUUUGCAGAAAGUCCCAACGCCUGGAACUAAAAUUCGAAAUCUUGAAGACUGUAAGAUGGUGACGAAGUGCAAUAAUUUCAGUCUGAGUUGACGAGGGUUCUUUCUAGGAGAGGUCGAAAAUUGACUGACGUCAAGCGAAGAAAGGGAGAAAAGCAAGUUGAAAGUUCAUUCACACAGUAGCUACAGUGAGAAGCACAAAGAGCGACCAUGGAUCCUUAUUCACUGAGUGUCGAGCGCGAGGCCUCGAAGAACAUCGAGGAGAAUGAAAGAGAAUGCUUCAAAGAUGCGAUCGUGUCGAGCAGAAGCCUCAACAAAGGUUUCACGGAACCCACCAAGAUCAAAAACGCUUUACCCGAGAUCGCGUCCUGUAUCAUCGCCGCGUCUUUCCACAUCUCUGUCGGUCUAGCCAUGGCGUAUUCAGCGAUUCUCAUUCCUCACCUUGAAGCCGAGGAUGCGGAACUACACGCUACUAAAGAACAAACUUCCUGGAUCGCUAGCGUUGUGGUAAUUUCUCCUCCCGUGGGUGCUGUGCUCGGUGGUUUUCUGAUGGAGAUCGUCGGAAGAUUGAGAACCCUCCAAAUAGGCUCUAUACCUUUCAUCGCUGGCUGGAUACUCAUAGCACUUUCAACGAAUAUCCCCAUGCUUUUAACCGGUCGUCUGCUAGCUGGUCUAGCAACGGCUCUAGCUACCUCGCCAGCGAUCGUCUAUAUCACCGAAGUUGCAAGACCGGAACUCAGAGGAUCGAUGAUAUCUUUUGGCCCAACUUUAGCCUCCUUUGGCAUGGUACUCUCGUACUUAAAGGGAGCGUACAUUCAUUGGAGAGUGGUUGCCUGGCUCAGUAUCAUUUACGCGGUUGUGCCAAUCGUUCUGGUGCAACUGUUCGUUCCUGAAUCGCCCGUGUGGCUCGUUUCGAAGGGACGAUUGGAAGAAGCGAAGAAAUCCUUGGAAUGGCUGUACAAGUGCGAAACGAAGCAAGGGAAAGUGUCGGCGGCCGAAGCACAGUACCUAACGAUCGUGAAAGAGAACGAGAUCAAAUUAAGCGAGCAGAGGAAAAGCAAGCACGGCGGUAUCUCUACAAAGUUGAGGGGAUUCUUGAAGCCUACAGGAUGGAAGCCUAUAACGAUACUCUUCUUGCUCUUCUUCUUCCAACAGUUCUCUGGCAUCUACAUCACGUUGUUCUACGCUGUUACCUGGUUCCAAGAAGUUGGCUCGGGAGUAGACGAAUACAUAGCCUCGAUUCUAGUCGGUGUAACUCGGUUUCUGUGUUCGAUGGUCAACACGUGGUUGCUGAGAAGAUACAAAAGGCGAGCACUGUGCAUAAUUUCCUCGCUGGGUAUGGCGCUUUGUAUGACCGUUUCCGGUUACUUCACGUACCAAAUUAAGUCAGGCGAUCGCUCCGGAUACUGGGUUCCAGUUGCCUGUCUGUUGCUGUACGUCUGCACGUCUAUGGUCGGUAUGCUAACCAUUCCUUGGACCAUGACCGCCGAACUGUUCCCCACGGACAUUCGGGGCAUCGCUCAUUCCAUCAGCUACUCCAUCGCGAACUUGUUGAUGUUUUCCGCCCUGCAAAGUUAUAGAAGUUUACAAAGUUUCCUUGGAGGAUCCUACGCGGUGCAGUGGUUCUUCGCCGCAGUGUCGAUAGGGGCGGUCGUCUUCGUAUGGCUGCUGCUUCCAGAAACCCACGGCAAGAAGCUGUCGGAGAUCGAGGAGUACUUCCAGAACCAAAGUUACGAG